GCGUGGCUGUGAUUGCGAUAUUCUUCAUUGAUAGGCUUUAUGUUGGGACACAAGUGUUGUUUUUCCUCAUUCGCGGUUUGUACGGGGACUUGAGAGGCGAACAGCCGCAGUGCAGCAGUGCUGGGUCCGGGGACGAGCCUCGCUGUAGUCAAAUGUUAUAAACGUGGGAAGUAAAUCCCUGGCAGUGCUCAACGUGCAGUUUCCUGUUUUGGGCCAAUGCUUGCAGCAUGACCACAGCAGCGUCGGCUCAUCUUGUAGUUCUGGCAAAUGAAAAUGGAGGAGGUUUCAAUGUCCAGCCUGGACAACAGCAAGCUGGAGGGCCUAGCUCAGGACAUCCUGUCUGACCUGGUGGAGGAUGCAUGCCUGGGUCUUUGCUUCGAGGUCCACCGGGCCGUCAAGCAGGGCUAUUUUUUCCUGGAUGACACGGACCAAGAAAGUAUGAGGGACUUUGAAAUUGUGGACCAGCCAGGAUUGGAUGUGUUUGGCCAGGUGUACAACCAGUGGAAAAACAAAGAGUGUGUAUGUCCCAACUGCAGCCGGAGCAUUGCUGCCUCACGUUUUGCCCCACAUCUGGAGAAAUGCCUGGGGAUGGGACGCAACAGCAGCCGCAUAGCCAAUCGCAGAAUAGUUACUGGUAACAACACCAACAACAAGUCAGAGAGUGACCAAGAGGAUAAUGACGACGUGAAUGAUAAUGACUGGUCUUACGGGGCAGAAAAGAAAGCCAAGAAAAGGAAAUCUGAUAAGAAUCCAAACUCACCCAGGAGAUCCAAAUCAUUCAAGCAUAAGAGCAGCAUGAUGGGUCCUAGACGUCGAAUGGACAACCAGGAAAGCCCGCGCAUGCUGAUGAAAGAUGAGGCAUUCCCUCAAUAACACACUCAGCCACAAACACACAUUCUUUUUACCGUAUGGUGUAUACUUACACACAAACGCGCACACCCGGGAAGACCAAUAACACUUCACCCUUUUUUUUUUUUUUUGUUGUGAAAUCAAUGGACAUUGAUGUUAUAGGUGACAUUUAUGGUGUUAACUGCUCUGCAGAAGCAGUCCAGACCUCCCACUGUAUACUUGACAGAUUUUUUUUAUUUUUUAUUUUUCCUUCACAAAAUCAUCGUACCAACACUCAUUUUUCUUUGUUUUUGAAGUAUUUGCUGGAGUCCAUAAUAAUGAAUAUCACCAUUUACGAUUUCACUGCACAGAGAUAGAUUCUGGUGUAAUUCAUUCAGUGGCCAAGCAGAGGCAGCUGUGUGACAGUGAUUGUGUGCACAUACAGUAUGUUGUUUCUUAAAAUACAGAAAUGAUUAGGCAUUAGGUGUACUUAUAUUUCCUCACCUUUUAAAAAAAAAAAAUCUCAUUUUUAAAAAAAAAAAAUAAUGUCACAUUAUCUUUCGGACAAUCAUUAAUAAUGGUUUGUCUUUUUGUUUUCACAUUCACUGUCCGGCUCAUAGUUCUGCAGCUGAAUUACAAUACAGUUUAUGUGUGUAUGUGUGUGUGUGUGAGAGAGAAGCAACUCACGGUUAUCAUUCACCUGUGGAAACUUGUUUUGAAAAUGUUCAGUGAGUGAACCCUUAAUUGUACAAGCAGGUAUUUGCUGCAGAAAGCAGGUUUCUUUUUGUUUCAUUUUUUUGGUGGAGAGAUCAGCUUGUUUUCUAGCUCUCAAAAAAUGUCUUUGUAUCAUGUGUUUACAUUGUAAAGGGUUACAUAUAUCCUUGGUGUUAUGUGAUAGUGUAAAUAUUCAAAUAGUUGAA